AUGAACGACCCCGUCUCCUUCAACAUCAACGACCUCUACAACGUCGAGGGCCUCACCGUCGUCAUCACCGGCGGAGGCACCGGUCUCGGCAAGGCCGUCGCUCAGGCGUACGCUCAGAACGGUGCCAAGGUUUUCAUCUCUGGCCGUCGCAAGGAGGUCCUCGACAAGGCCGUGCAGGAGAUCAAGGCCGCUGGCGGCAAGACUGACGUCGUUCCUAUCCAGGGCGACGUCUCGUCCAAGGCGGGCUGCAAGGCGCUCUACGACGCUGUCGCAAAGCAGACUGAUGUCGUCGACGUCCUCGUGAACUGCGCCGGCGUCAUGCGCCAGUACAAGAACCCGACGACGGACCACGACAACAUUGACGCCGUCGCCAAGAUGCUCUGGGAAGGCCACGACGAUGACGACUUCAACUACACGAACCAGAUCAACAUCAAUGGUGUCUACUUCACCACUGUCGCCUUCAUCCCUCUCCUCCUCAAGUCGACUCUUCGCUCUGUCGUCGUCAUCGCCUCUAUUGCCGGUAUCAUUCUCCAGCGCUCAGUCGGAAGUGUCUCGUACUCUGCCUCCAAGGCUGGAACGCUCCACACUGCCAACCUCCUCGCCGGCCGCCUCGCUCCCGGCAAGAUUCGCGUCAACACCAUCUGCCCCGGCAUUUUCCCGUCAGAGAUGACGGGAACCAGCGCCAAGGAGGGUGGACACAACUACGACGUCAGCGACGGCGCCGUCAAGGCUGCUGGCCGCUCUGUCGUCGGCCGCCCCGGUCUCCCGCACGAGAUUGUCGGUCCCAUCCUCAUGCUCGGCUCGCGCGCCGGAGGAUACAUGGACGGCGCCAUGCUGACCGUCGACGGCGGCCGCGCCAUGGCUGCCGGCAUCAACGAGGGCCUCCGCAUUCCCGAGAACCUUUACGUGAACUAG